GGGCUGCUCUCCAGCCACAGGACGCAGGCGGAAAUGGCCCACACGUGUCGCGGGACCAUCAACCUGUCCACGGCUCAUAUCGAUACGGAGGAUUCUUGUAACAUCGUGCUUUCCAACGGGGGAAGGACGUACCACUUAAAGGCGAACUCAGAAGUGGAGAGGCAGCGCUGGGUGACGGCCCUGGAGCUGGCCAAAGCGAAAGCCAUCCGCAUGAGGAACAACCAGUCAGAUGACUCGGGCGACGAGGAGCCCGCCUCGCAGUCAGACAAGAGCGAGCUGCACGGCACGUUGAAAACCCUCUCGAGUAAGCUGGAGGAUCUGAGCACUUGCAAUGACCUGAUCGCGAAGCACGGGGCGGCCCUGCAGCGCUCGCUCAGCGAGCUGGAGACCUCAAGCUUGCCGGCCGAGAGCGGCGAGAAGAUCAAGGCGGGGAACGAACGAGCCAAGCUCCUGCGACAGGAGGCGGGGGAGCGGUGGGGAGUCACCUCUGGAGUCACCGCGUGCCAGCGCUGGCUCCAUGACGAGCUCCUGGGCUCGCGAGGGCCGUGCCGGGUGCUGACGUGUCCCUUCCUCCCCCUCCAGGCUUGCCGCGAUUUCCUGGACUUAGCCGAAACUCACAGCCGAAAAUGGCAGCGGGCGCUGCAGUAUGAGCGGGAGCAGCGGAUCCGGCUGGAGGAGACCAUCGAGCAGUUAGCCAAGCAGCACAACAGCUUGGAGCGAGCCUGCCGCGGAGCCCCCGGCCUGUCCUCCAGCAGCACCGGCAUCACCAGCACCGCCAAGGGGAGUGUGCAGUCCGCCAAAGGAGAGGCGAGUGAUGAAGAUGAAGAGACGGAGUAUUUUGAUGCCAUGGAGGAUGCCCCAGCUUUUAUCACUGUAACUGCAGACCCCAAGCACCACAGGCGUUCGGGCAGCAACCUGAGUGGGGCCAGCGAGGGCCACCCUGAGGACUGGAACCUGGAGGACAGCGUCUUUGAAAGCUCCAAUCAAAGCAGCUACAAUGAGUCCACUUGCAAAGAUCUCCUGCCGAAGAAAAGGAGACGGACUCGCAUCCCCGACAAACCCAACUACAGCCUUAACCUCUGGAGCAUCAUGAAAAACUGCAUCGGCAAAGAGCUCUCCAAGAUCCCCAUGCCUGUAAACUUCAACGAGCCACUCUCCAUGCUGCAGAGGCUGACGGAGGACCUGGAGUACCACGACCUGCUGGACAAAGCCGUCAAGUGCGAGAGCUCCACGGAGCAGAUGUGCUUCGUCGCUGCGUUUUCCGUGUCUUCCUACUCGACGACUGUCCACCGCACCGCAAAGCCAUUCAACCCGCUGCUGGGGGAAACCUAUGAGCUCGACCGGCUGGAGGAGUUCGGCUUCCGUUCCCUGUGCGAGCAGGUGAGCCACCACCCCCCGGCAGCCGCCCAUCACGUCUACUCCAGGCGAGGGUGGACGUUGUGGCAGGAAAUCACCAUCGCCAGCAAGUUCAGGGGCAAAUACCUCUCCAUCAUGCCACUGGGCGCCAUCCACCUCGAGUUUCACUCCAGCGGGAACCACUACGUCUGGAGGAAAGUCACCUCCACGGUUCACAACAUCAUCGUGGGCAAGCUCUGGAUUGACCAGUCCGGUGAAAUAGAGAUUGUUAACCAUAAGUCAAAAGAUAAAUGCCAGCUGAAAUUUACCCCCUACAGCUACUUCUCCAGGGACGUUCCCCGAAAGGUGACGGGGGUGGUGAGCGACGCCGAUGGUAAAGCCCACUACGUCAUGUCGGGCACGUGGGAUGAGAAGAUGGAGUGCUCCAAGAUAGUGCAGAGCAGCCACGGCAGCACCAGCACGGAGGGCAAGCAGAAAACCGUCUACCAGACGCUGUCACCAAAGGUCCUGUGGAAGAAGUACCCCCUCCCGGAGAACGCCGAGAACAUGUAUUUCUUCUCCGACCUGGCCCUCACCCUGAACGAGCCCGAGGAGCGAGUGGCCCCCACGGACAGCCGCCUGAGACCCGACCAGCGCCUGAUGGAGAGCGGCCGCUGGGACGAGGCCAACGUGGAGAAGCAGCGGCUGGGGGGGGAGCAGCGCGGAAGGACCCGGCGUCGGUUCGGGCGGGAGAAGCAGCUCUUACCCCGCGUUUCUCCCCGCACAGGUAAGGACUACGAAGGCUACAUCCCGCUGUGGUUUGAGCGCAAGGUGGAUGCCGUGACGGGGGAGCUCAUCUGCGUCUAUAAGGGCGGCUACUGGGAGGCCAAGGACAAGCAGGACUGGAGUACGUGUCCCGACAUCUUCUGA